GUCGGGUUGUGAGUUCGCUUGUUUGAAUACCGAACCUACGAUCCGACCGCGACCAAUCCGUGCUGUUUUUACAAUGUGUGUGUAAGUUGUCAAAACUUGUCCGGCGACGUAAGAGUUCUUCCGAGAUCAACGAAAGUAUCAAGGCAUUUUUGAAGGGAAUUCAAAUUAAAAUGUCUUUUGAAAAUAAUAAAUCUUUUUGGGAGGAAUUUAUCCAACUUUACCAGGAAAAUCCUUGUCUUUGGGACAUCAAGUGUAAGGAUUACCGCAACAAACAGAAAAAAAAUGCUGCGUAUGAGAAUUUAAUUAACAAAAGCAAAGAAAUGUUUCCAGAUGCCAACAAGAAAUUUGUUAUCAAAAAAAUAUCAUCCUUACGGUCAUCUUUCCGACGCCAGAUAAGGCGAAUUAAUAGUUCAAAGAGAAGUGGGGUGGGAACAGAAGAUGUACCAGAACCUACAUUGUGGUAUUUUGAUCUAUUGUCUUUCCUGAUGGAUCAAGAAGAGUCUCGUGCAGCGGUUUCUUCGAUAGAAGGAAAUAACCUGACCAAUCACAGGCCUCAUUGCCAGAAACCUCAAGGUGGCCAACAGACGUUCUUCAACGCUUACUGCUUCUCUGAAUAA